GAGCCUCGUUCCCGGGCCGUAUAAAGUUUGCUGUCUCCUUUGUUCGCCCUCGUUGCGCAGUAGUGCGAGCGCCUCACAGCUUCCGUUCUCAGGGUCGGCUGCCCUCCCGCGUGCCGAGCUGCUAGGAAGCCGCUGUUGGCGAGCUCGUAGGAGCUUGAGACCGUCGUCACCUCUCCAAUUUUAACCAGAGGGGAAAAAUGGUUGAGGCAGAUCGCCCAGGAAAGCUCUUUAUCGGUGGCCUCAAUACAGAAACCAAUGAGAAAGCCCUUGAAGCAGUAUUUGGCAAAUAUGGACGAAUAGUGGAAGUUCUCUUGAUGAAAGAUCGUGAAACCAACAAAUCUAGAGGAUUUGCUUUUGUCACCUUUGAAAGCCCAGCAGAUGCUAAGGAUGCAGCCAGAGACAUGAAUGGAAAGUCCUUAGAUGGAAAAGCCAUCAAGGUAGAACAAGCCACUAAACCGUCAUUUGAAAGUGGUAGACGUGGACCACCUCCGCCUCCAAGAAGCAGAGGCCCUCCCAGAGGCCUUCGAGGAGGAAGAGGAGGAAGUGGAGGAACCAGGGGACCUCCAUCCCAUGGAGGGCACAUGGAUGAUGGUGGCUAUUCCAUGAAUUUUAACAUGAGUUCUUCCAGGGGACCACUUCCGGUAAAAAGAGGACCACCACCACGAAGUGGGGGUCCUCCUCCUAAAAGAUCUGCCCCUUCAGGACCAGUUCGAAGCAGCAGUGGAAUGGGAGGAAGAGCUCCUGUAUCACGUGGAAGAGAUAGUUACGGAGGUCCACCUCGAAGGGAACCCUUGCCCUCUCGUAGAGAUGUUUAUUUGUCCCCAAGAGAUGAUGGAUAUUCUACUAAAGACAGCUAUUCAAGCAGAGAUUACCCAAGUUCUCGUGAUACAAGAGAUUAUGCACCACCACCAAGAGAUUAUACUUACCGUGAUUAUGGUCAUUCCAGUUCACGUGAUGACUAUCCAUCAAGAGGCUAUAGUGAUAGAGAUGGCUAUGGUCGUGAUCGUGACUAUUCAGAUCAUCCAAGUGGAGGUUCCUACAGAGAUUCAUAUGAGAGUUAUGGUAACUCACGUAGUGCUCCACCUACACGAGGGCCCCCGCCAUCUUAUGGUGGAAGCAGUCGCUAUGAUGAUUACAGCAGCUCACGUGACGGAUAUGGUGGAAGUCGAGACAGUUACUCAAGCAGCCGAAGUGAUCUCUACUCAAGUGGUCGUGAUCGGGUUGGCAGACAAGAAAGAGGGCUUCCCCCUUCUAUGGAAAGGGGGUACCCUCCUCCACGAGAUUCCUACAGCAGUUCAAGCCGCGGAGCACCAAGAGGUGGUGGCCGUGGAGGAAGCCGAUCUGAUAGAGGGGGAGGCAGAAGCAGAUAUUAAAAACAAACAACUUUGGACCAAAAUCCCUGUUGAAAGAAACAAACAAAAGUGGAACCUGUUCUAUCAUAACUACCCAAGGACUACUAAAAGGAAAGAUUGUGUUACUUUUUUUAAAUUUCCUGUUAAGUUCCCCUUCCAUAAUUUUUAUGUUCUUGUGAGGAAAGAAAAACAUGUUUAAUCUUUGAUUUUAUGACAUUGCUUUCAACAAGCAAAUGGAAUGUUAAGUGUGUUUAAGACUUGACAUGUGUACUAGUGGUGUAAUCUUCCAAGUAAAAGUGUCCCUAAAGGCCACUUCCUAUAGGAUUUUCCCCAGUAAAUGAUGAGGCAAGCAGUUUAUCUUACACAAAAUAUCUAGUCAUCUAAAAUGGAGAGAUGAAUCCUCCUGCCUAUAUAAACAAGCUAGCUAUUAGAGGGUGGUCGGGGUAUGCUACUCUUAGGAUUUCAGAGUGUCUUCAAGCUGAAAUCUCAAAUGUUCUCAGUAUGAAAAACCUGAGAUCAGAUGCAUAUAUGUAAAAAAGUGCUAUUCGCCCAGUAAACCCAGAAAAAAGCAAAUGGAUAAUGCUGGCCAUAUUUUGCCUUUCUGACAUUUCCUUGGGAAUCUACAAGAACCUCCCCUUUCCCCCUCCCCAAUAAGACCAUUUAAGUGUGUGUUAAGCAACUACAGAAUACUAAAUAAAAAGUUUGGCCAAAACCAACCAUGAAGCUGCAAACGAUGCUUGCUCUUACUGUUUCAAAUUUUUGCAACUCUGUAGUGUCUCACUUUUAAGGAACAGCUUGAUUGCAAAGGAGAAAAUAGAUAAGCAAUGAAGUUAUCUCCAACUUCUCAAAGGCUUAUGACUUCUAAAAAGUGAAUCUAUCAGCAUUCCACAUCAGAUUUAAAGCAUCAAAUGCCUGUGAAACAGCAAAGAUGGUAAGCAAAGCAAACUAGUUUUUCCGUCUAAGUCGAAAUUGAACACUUACCUUCCUCAUAGUACAGUGAAACAUACUGUACCUCAUGGCAAUGGAAAUGCUUUCUAGAUUAAAAAAAAAAAACUUUUGGAAAACAAAGUGUUCGAUAGCAUAUUAGAAGUCCUCCAAAUUCAACACUUGGAUUUCUUUUUUUAAAGCAUGUGUGACACUUAAAGGCCUUAAUACAGCUGUUUACCAGUAGCGAUCUGGGGCUUGGGAGGGGGUAUUUUUUAAAUCUUAUUUUUGAUGAAGACCUUUAAACAUGCUUCAUGUUUUAACGUUUUUCAAGUUAGUCUUUUAGUCAAUAUAGGGAAAUGGCUUAAGUUUGGGGUCCCCCUCUCUUUACCCCCAGUAAGCCAUUGCAAACCUGACAUUUAGUUGGAUGCCUGACUUGUUUUUAGUUCUGUGAAACUACACUCUAUGGAGAAAAUCUAUUGCAAGUGGUCUUUAAAAAGCAAAACCUGAGGCAGCAUGACCCAGGUCCAGCCAUGAAGUUGAAAAAGAUGCUCUUGAAUAUAGUAAACUUGAAGACCUCCAACUAAAAAUCCUUACACUGCACUUAAUUCCUUCAAAUAAGUUUUGUCCGUUCAACUUAUGGAUUUAACAUGGCAGUGCACCAUUGGAACAGAAUGGGAAUCCAUAAGCCAUGCAACUUAACCAUUUAAGCCAUUCCAGUCCAUCCCAAGCCAGUGAAGCUUCCACCACUUAAGAGAAAUAGUAGAACACGAAAUACGUUAAGCUGCAAGUCUGAACUUGCCUUUUCUUUCUGGAAAAGAGGGCAGUUAUAGGCAAGUUUUGAAGAAUUUCCUUAAGAGAGAUAACUAGUUACCUAUUUAAUUUUUACAGGUUGAGAAUUUUGGUCAUGGUCUUGAUGGUCAUGGAGUGCUGAUUUUUUUCACACUAGAUAAAGCUGGCAACAAGAGAAAUGCAAUGCUAAGAGCUGUUGAAGCGGAAGAAUUGCUGAUUGUCCUUAAGGCACAACAGUUGCAUAAACAGUACUCAUCAGAAUUGGUUUGGUGCAGACAAGAUGUUUGCCUUCCAGGGUUCCCGUGGCUCUAAGGAAGGCAUCAACCCCAGUUGGUUAGCACUCUUAACUAGGGAGUGGCAGUUUCUUAAAAUAAGUAAUUGACAAGGUGGAGAAAGGGGAGUAAUUAAGGAAAUGGGUAAGUGGAGGUAGUCAGGAAGUUCUUGUUCUUUUUUCAGCUUUGACUUUACUUUAGCUAAAGUCGUAGAAGUGAUGUGAAAGUCGCUCAGUCAUGUCUCUUUGUGACCCCAUGGACUAUACAGUCCGUGGAAUUCUCCAGGCUAGAAUACUGGAGUGGGUAGCCUUUCCCAUCUCCAGGGGAUCUUCCCAACCCAGGGAUCAAACCCAGGUCUCCCGCAUUGCAGGCGGAUUUUUGACCAGCUGAGCCACAAGGGAAGCCCAAAAUCAUAGGGACAACUGCAACUUAGAACUUCCUAAUUACCACUGAUUGUCAGAAAGUUGGAUUAGAAAACUGAAAGGCAUAAGAGGUAACUUUAUCCAGUAAAGUGAUUUUUCAGUAAGUAAAAUAUUUCCUUGUGUUUAUCCAAAAGUGAGAUUUAGUUUUAAAACUAAAUGGAAGACUAAUAUCUGGAAACUAAAGUAACUGGAAACAUAGCUGAAAUGCUCGAAAGCACACUUUGAAAACUGGAGACAAAAUUGGGCCGGUUGGCUUUUGCUGUUUGUUUUUUUUUUUUUUUAAAGAGAAUAGUAGUUUUGUAAGCUUCCUUUACCCCCUACCCCAGUUCAUGUCAUGCAAACAAAUCGUUACAGCUUUAUCAUUUAUUGCAUUGAAGAUUAGAGCCAAUGGUGUAAAAGCUAAUGUUCUCAAAGGAAACAGAUUUGAGUUGUUGGGUUAGAAGGAACCAACUCACCUUCUGAAUGUUUACCUAGUAAAUAUCAGUACUGUCAUGUUUACCAUUUGCAAUUGUGGAAAAUAUGCAGAAAUUUAACCCUCAUUUUGAUAGGCUCUUCCAAUCACAGAUCAUGAGGGUAUUGACCAAAUUUAAAAAGCCAUUGCACUUACAUAGCUGUCUUCCUCAAUCAUUCUGUAAUCGAAAUUACUUGGGUCUAUGCUCCCAAGGACCUUUUGGCUCUUGAGAUUUUAUUUAGGUAUCUUGAAGAUAGUGUAGAACAUAGAGACUAAUCGUAGUAAAACAAAUACUAAAUUUGAAGACUGUUUAAUGACCAGACAGCUAUUUGGCAAAUAGUUUACUGACCCAGCAGACUUAUUUCUGCUCCUGUUGGGAAAAGAAUUGGUCUUGAUUUAUACUUGUAAAAGAAACAGAACAACAUGUUUCCCUUGUUUAACUGGUAGUUGAAUAUAGUACUUAGAUAUAAUGGCUUUUCUCUUUUUGGAAUGUUUUGUAUUUGAACCUAAUAAAACUUGACGUGCAUA